CCUCUCGCGAGACUUGGGCGCACAGUGGCCGCUCCCCCAUAAAUAGUGGGGCGAGGCCCGGCUUCCGCGGCAGCAGCGGCGGCGCUUGGCUAUUGAUCGGAGGGCUGUGUAAGGUUAAAGACCUGAAAAAAAUGGCGUUGGCAGCAAUUGAUCCACAGCAGAACAUUGUGUCGAGGGUUGUCAACCUUCCCUUGGUGAGCUCCACUUACGAUAUGGUGUCCACAGCUUACAUCACCACAAAGGAUAAUCAUCCUUACCUGAAGUCAGUAUGUGAGAUAGCAGAGAAAGGAGUGAAGACUAUUACUUCAGUAGCCAUGACAAGUGCUAUGCCUAUCAUCCAGAAACUGGAACCACAAAUUGUAGUUGCCAACAACUAUGCAUGUAUAGGUCUAGACAAAAUUGAAGAGAGACUGCCUAUACUGAAUCAACCUACAGACAAGGUUGUCGCCAAUGCCAAGGAUGUAGUUGUUGGAGCCAGAGAAGCUGUAACAACCACUGUGACUGGUGCCAAGGAAACUGUUGCUCACACAAUCACUGGAGUUGUGGGCAAGACUAAAGAAGCAAUGCAAGACAGUGUAGAAAUGACAAAGUCAGUUGUCAAUGGCAGCAUUAACACUGUCCUGGGAAGUCGUGUGGUGCAGAUGAUGAGCAGUGGUGUGGACAGUGCUCUCACUAAAUCAGAGACGCUUGUGGACCAGUAUCUCCCACUUACAGAAGCAGAACUAGAGAAAGAAGCUGUGAAAGUUGAAGGUUUUGAAGUUGGAGUUCAAAAGCCAAGCUACUACAUUAGACUAGGAUCCCUGUCUUCAAAGGUCCGCACACGUGCCUACCAGCAAGCCUUAAACAAAGUUAGAGAUGCUAAACAGAAAAGCCAGGAGACAAUCUCUCAGCUCCACCACACUGUUAAUCUGAUCGAGUAUGCGAGAAGGAACAUGAAUAGUGCCAAUCAGAAACUUCUUGAUGCUCAAGAAAAGCUUUAUCAGUCCUGGGUAGAAUGGAAGAAAAAUACAGGCCAAAAUGAUGGUGAUGAACUCAGUAAUGCUGAGCACAUUGAGUCAAGAACUCUGGCUAUUGCACGGAGCCUCACUCAGCAGCUUCAGACCACCUGCCUCACACUAGUCUCAAGCCUACAGGGGCUGCCACAGAAUGUGCAGGAUCAGGUUUACAGUGUUGGGUCAAUGGCAGGUGAUGUCUACCAGAGCUUCUGGUCAGCAUCGUCCUUCCAAGAGUUAUCAGACAGCUUUCUUGCUACUAGCAAAGGACAGCUGAAGAAAAUGAAGGAGUCUCUGGAUGAUGUGAUGGAUUAUCUUGUUAACAACACACCGCUCAACUGGCUGGUUCCAGAUUUCACUAUUACAGACCUGUCUUCAGAGUCAGAUGAUAUCCCAGACAUUUUGGAUUUGGAUGAAGAUGAUCAACAAGACUUUUCACGCACAAAUGGCCCUUACACCACAGGGCAAAGAGCUGAAUAAGAGGAAGCAUAAAAAUGUCUUUGAUAACAAUGUACUUUUGCCAUGUUUAACUUCUAUUUCUCCUUUUUGAAGAUGAACCUGCCUAGCUUAGGGAUUUUGGGGAUAUUUUUUUUUUAAUCACUACUGUCUCACUUAGCUGCAUCCAAAUUCUGAUUUUUUUUUUUUUCCACCUAAGGAAUGUAUUAAUUCAUUAGCAUGGGUGUCAAGCUCCCAUUCUACAAGCCAGGUAUAGCCUAGCCAGUGUAUCCAACCAAUGUAAUAGUUGUUAAUGAUUUGUUCUGCUGCAGCAGCCAUGAGAACGCUCCGGUGCUUUGCAAAAAGGGCUGCCAACAAAAGGAGUUAAUGAGGAUUUGCCCACAAGAUUUUCCCUUUCAGUUUAUAUGAAACACACUUCUGCAUCUACCUCUUUGCUGCUGGAAGGUGUAAGAGACUUCGUAUCUGCUUCUCUCAAGUUCUUUUUCUUAGGGUCUGUAUGUAUGGAGCUUAGCAGCUUAGAGCUUCCUUUUGGCAAGAGUGUUUUAUGCACAAAAGGACUCCCCUUAUACAUGCCUUCUGUGGGCAAAAGUUUUGGCCACUCUGAUGAUAUCAGUUGUGGGGCCUGAGACUAGAAAAGGGAAAAAUGCUUGAAAAGGAAAUUUCCAGGAAUGAGAAUGACAGUUAAAAAAAAGGAGGGGGAAGACACAGUGGAAAAAAAUGGAGAGCAGCAAGAUGCAAACAGACAUGGAAAAAAAGAAAAGAGAACUAAAGAACUACUUCUGGUGGCAGUGAAGGUUCAUUUAUGUUUAAAUAAAACCUUAAGUCAGGUUAUUUGCUAAGGAAUGUCGGAUCUGCAUUUGCUUGCAUACUGUGGUUUCUGUAGGAGCCAGGGUGCAGAGGAACUGGGCUGGAAGCAGGCAGUGACAUUUCUUCCCAAGGAUCAUGCCAGAAAAGAUCCCCUCAGCUCCUCACGGGACAUUUGGCUGUUGUGAGCACUGGAGUCCAGUCACUGAAAUGCCUUGCAAUAAA